ACUACAGAUUCAGGUGAUAUCUUUCUCCGAGCGUGAGUUUAGUCAAGUUAAAGCGGAGCUGGGAGCUGACAAACCUUGUAUCUCAGCUGUGCUCUCAACUAUAUCCCAGAGAUAGAGAGUUAACUCUGCUCUGGUUCACUACUCACUAGUUUCAUACAGUUAUAUACAAACAUUCUAAGAGGGAAAAUGUGUGAUUAAAAAUGGCUCAUAUCCAGCAGAUUAUAGAGGAGAUUGAAUCCACCACACCAACAGCAUUAACAUGGACAGCAGCUCUACUAGGAUCCAUUGCUGUUGGAUUAAGUGGUGUUGUUCCAAUUGUAUUAAUACCUCUUGAUAAUAAUCCUACACAGAGUCCACAUCAAACAGAUAAACAUCUCAAGCUAUUGCUCAGUUUUGCAGUCGGAGGACUUCUUGGUGAUGUUUUCCUUCAUUUGUUUCCUGAAGCUUAUGGAACCUUGGAGAACCGGGGAGAUGAUUCUCAUUCUAGUCGGCUCAAUCUAGGGAUGUGGAUUCUAGGUGGGAUUUUAGCAUUUUUGGUCCUUCAGAAGAUAUUCGAGUUCACAGAGGAGAGAGAAGGAAAGAAGUUGCCUGAACCAAGGAAGAAGAUUCUAGGAUAUCUAAACCUUCUCGCAAACUGUAUUGAUAACUUUCUUCAUGGUUUAACAGUGGCCAGUAGUUUCCUGACCUCGAUCAAGCUGGGAAUGAUCACAACCUUUGCGAUCCUGAUCCACGAGAUCCCACACGAGAUCGGAGAUUUCGCAAUACUUCUGCGAAGUGGGUUCACCAGAUGGGAAGCUGGUAAAGCUCAGCUAUGGACAGCUAGUGUCGGAGUACUCGGAGCCCUGGCAGCUCUCUCCCUCGACUCCGUCCAGUCUCUGGAGGCGAGGACAGCAUGGAUCCUUCCCUUCUCCGCAGGAGGUUUUCUCAAUAUAGGUAGAUCCUCAUUUAAUACCAUUAUUCUAAUAUGAUGUGUGAUGAGUGUU